UUAUACUAUGUUCGAACAGCGGAAGGAAGCUCGUUUCUGUGUUCUUUUUGAAGAGCGUUGGAGAGUCCCGAAAUAAAGUGCAUCGACGAGUUAUUUGCAAGUCAAAGUUGCGUCACGCGUACCUCGUAGAUCAUAGCAAGUUCAGAAUUUAUCGGAAAGAGACGUAAUGGCAGCAGUGCAGGACAGAAUGAAACACAAACGUGCAAGCUCGAACUGUGACCCAUGGACAACACGGGAACAAUUGUGCCUCGCGUCAAGCGUACUGAAAUCUGGGGAUCAAAACUGGAUGAGCGUGUCCAGAUCGUUGAGACCAUUUUUUGAAAAGGAAUCGCUGAGGUCUACAGACUGGUUUUCGCAAAAGUCAUGCGCCAUACAAUACGCGCAUCUGCUGGAGAACGUAGACACGCCAAAAAGGAAGAAGCGAGAGAGCGGCGAGACUACUAGCGAAUCCGUAGUCCGAAAGUUAACGCAAGAGAGAAUAACCGAGCUAAGUCAGAUUCUGGCUCGUCAGAAGGAGGAAUAUUUACGACUCAAAACGGACAUAAAGCACCUCAAGUCUGGUACGAUAAGCGACGAAAAACUGGAAAAGAUGUGGCAUGAUAUACAGCAGGAGGAGCGUGAGAUGGACCAGAAGUCGCGGACUCACAUGGCUUGGCUGAAACGUCAGCAUCAACAGAAGCAGCAGGAGACUAGUUCACCGUCGGUCUCAACUUCGUCGGUCAUGAACCAAAAUCGCAAAGUAACGGAGAGUACAACAGAAGUACAGGUACAGGAAACCGGCCACGCGACGGAACCCGUUGCCGUGGAGAAUGACGAAGAGAAAAAAAGCAACAGGGGUGGCAGAUCUCCAUUACUGACGAGUCUACUGAAAUCCCCGAGUCCGACCACUCAGACUAUCCAGUCCUUUCCAUCCACUCCUACCUCCGUUCAGGCGGGCACACCGACCAUCACCAGCCUGCUCGGAUCCAGUUCAAAGACGUUGAACGCUCAGCUGGCACAGAAUGUGUCGCCGCAGUUGCAGCAGAUGGUCUCGACGGCGAUUGCUAGCGCAGCGAAUGCGACACCGGAACGACCGUCCGUCGGCGCUCCCACGCUCUCCAUGCUGCUGGAAAUGCCAGCGAGCACGCAGAGAGGCCCUCUACCAAAUCUGCAAACGACAACUGCUUCCGCAAGCGUAUCCCAUGCACCGCAGCAACAGACAAUCGCAACCGUGCCUGUUACUACCUCCGAGACGCGCAAUUUCCAGCAAGCUCCGGCGCAAUCGCAAGCCCCCCAGAUUCAGCAGGUGGCCAUCAAAAAUGAGGCAGCAGCAGUGGCAACUCCAGCGACCGCCACAACGCCGACGAACAUGCCCGUCGCGGAGAACAUGGUGCAGAUAAUCGACCAUAUAGACGUGAUGCAGAAAGACAUAAUGGCAAAUGUGAUAGACAAGGACGAGAUUAAUAACAUCAUCGAUGAUAUUGAGGAAUUGAUCAAGCAGGAUAUCACCGCUAGCCCUGGACAGACACUAGACACGAGCGGCUCGAUAACAACGAUGCCAACGACAACGACGACAGCAGCGGCGCCGGUUGUUGCAAGUAUCCCUCAAGAACAAUCGGCGGAAGUACCGGCAGCAACAACAGCGACAACGUCAAGACCGCAACCGAGGGACGUAGACGAAGCCGUGUCACUGUCCGAUUCGCCGCAAAGCGAGAUGGCGAUUGAGGAGAUUGACUCGAGUACUUCGAAUAUCGCAGAGAUUAUCGGAACCGUUGCCAUAGAUCCAAAGGAACAGCCUAAAAUUAUUGUCGCCGAGAUCACGGAGACCGUAACAAACACAUCGUCGGGGACGAAGUCCGAUACGAGUACUUGUGACAAAAAACCGACUUUAACGGAGAAGCUCGUUUUGAAGAUAGAAAUUAAUGAUGGAGGAACCAGUAAGAACGCUCCAGCGGAAGAGAAACAACCGGACAUCGAAGCGAAAUCCUGCGCAGAUGCCACAUCGAACGUGAAGACUGAGGAGAAUGACUCUAAACUCUCGGAAGAAAAAAAGGAGACUAUAGAUGAGACUAUGGAGGUAGAAGAGGAGGUUGAAGAAGAAGAGGAAACGGAAGUAACUGCGCUGUCCGAUGUCAAAGAAUCGUCUGGUAACGUUAAAGAGCAGAAGGAUUCACCAGAGGACACUGAAGGUAAAGAUAACGCGGGAUUAGAUCAAUUAGAAAUACAUUUAGCGAAAAUUACAGGGGAUCAGCAGGACGUGCCCUCUGCAGAGAUUGUCAGCGUCUCUUCGGAGGUGACGAACGAUCUACCCAGUGCCGAGGACACGGAAAAGUCGCAGGACAUCAGCUUGAUCCUGGAGGAGGACGACGAAAGCAAUCAGAGUAUGGAGAGUAAGAAGAAAGCAGUAACGGAGGAACAGACCAUUCAGAACACGGUCGAGAGCACAGAAUCCUCUGUAUCGUUCAAGGAGGAGGCAGUUCUUGCGAUAAAAGAAAAGACUAUUGUGGAGACGAAGGAAGAGCCUUCGGUAAAGUUACAAACAAAAGGAGCGAACGAAAAAACGUUGGAGUUAUACACGGACAAGAAUUCCACUAAGAAGGAAGAGGUCAAGGAUACCAAGGAGGAUACCAAGAGUUCCAUUUUACAGGAUGUAGAAAUUAAAGAGGAGAAGAUCAGCAAUGAAUCAGCCGGAGAUAGAAACGCUAAGGAUAUCACGCGUGUAGCCAUAGAAGAAACAAAGAGUAUUAAGAGCGAGCCAGCUGAAGUUGCGACAACUGAUGUGAAAAUUAACAUAAAGAAAACCGAGAGUGUAGAAAUCAAGUCCGAGGAAGCUAAACCGAAAAACGAAAUGGAACUGGAAGCUAGCGGAAGUUCGUUUCACGGGAAAAGCCCGCUUCACGGUCUAUCGGAGGAAGACAAGAAAGAAAGCGUGGAGGUAAAGCAAGAGAAAGAGGAGAAGGAAGACGUCAAGAAAAACGCAGCAGAAGGCGAGCAGAUUGUAAAAGAGAUGGAAUCCACAGGAGUUGGAGAAGAACCCGGCGAAUUGGACGAGGAGGAAUCUUCGUUGAGUAAGUUAAGUAGCAACCGAGCGAUGAAGACGUAUUCCAAGAAGCAGAACGUCGCCGUAGACAGCGAACCGGAGAACGAGAGCGCCGGCGAGGGCGCGGACUAUCGUGCCUGGAAGAAGGCGGUUCUACUCGUCUAUGGUCGUCUGGCCGCGCACAAAUUCGCAUCAGUGUUCCUCAGACCGAUCACGGAGGAUCACGCACCUGGAUAUCACACGGUGGUCUUUCGACCGAUGGAUCUGUCUACUAUUAAGAAGAACAUCGAGAACGGUACGAUCAGGUCGACCAUGCACUUUCAGAGGGACGUCAUGCUUAUGUUCCAGAAUGCGAUUAUGUACAACAAGCGCGACACGAUUAUAUUUAAAAUGGCAGUUUCGAUGCAAGAGGAGUGCUUGCAACAUAUGCAGAUAUUGGUACAAGCAACGGGAGAAGGAACAUUUCGAAGGGAAACUAGAACUGCAGCGAGCAGUAGCAGCGAGGCAAACGAGAGCAAUCUUAAACGGAAACGAAGUCACAUCACUCCGAGUCCACACGACAUCGACAGUCCACGCUCGAAAAAACGCAGAAAAUCUGAGAAUGAUUAGACUAUAUUAAUAAUAACAGACUGUGUUAUAUAUGUACAGAUAUAAAGAUACACUUGUGCGUUACAGCAAUUGAGGGAGAGGAAUGUGACUGAGAGAGAAAAAUAGAGACACAUUUUUCAGGUAUUGUGACAAAGUAUGCGCAUCGACGCCACGUACGAGAAUAAGCGAUACUUGAAGCCUAUACAAGAAAAGAUUAUGUGUGAUAUAAUUAUUGUAUAAAAUUAAUUUAGCUAUUUUAUAAGACCAUUAUGAUAUACUAUGAUACUCAUAAACAAUUCUGCGACUUGAGAAAGAUUACAAGAUACUUUUUUCAAUUUAACUUUCUCAUCUUUGGCUCUUUAUCUUUAAAUGUAUAUGUAAUAAGAAAUUAUAUUAAUAAAAUAGGUAAAGAGAUAAA